UCAGACACGAGGUCGAGACGCCAUGAGCCGUCGGCAGCACAGAGUGUACCAACUCUACAGCAGGACAAGCGGCAAACAUGUGCAGGUGAUGGGAAGGAGAAUCAGUGCCAAGGGAGACGAUGGGGAUAAAUAUGCCCAGCUUGUUGUGGAGGCUGAUACCUUUGGAAGUCAGGUGAGAAUCCGUGGUAAAGAAACCAACUUCUACCUGUGCAUGAACCGUCGAGGCAAGCUUGUGGGGAAGGCUAGUAAUCGCAGUGCAGACUGUGUCUUCAUUGAGAUGGUAUUGGAGAACCACUACACAGCUCUGAGGUCAGCAUGCUAUACGGGAUGGUACGUGGGAUUCACCAAGAGGGGACGCCCCAGGAGAGGCCCUCAGACACUGCCCAACCAGCAGGACGUUCACUUCAUGAAGCGCCUGCCCCCCGGGGAGCAACCCGACCUGCAGCCCUUCCGCUUUACAGUCAGCAAGAGGAAAAAGAGAGUGAGAGGGACCCGACCAACAGCAACUACAGCACCUAGAUAGUCAACUGUCCUUCCCCCAGUGAAUAGAAUGUGAGUUUGCUUGGCUGAGCCCAGGAAAAGAGCUUAUCGGUGUAUACCGAAUAUACAUCAAAAGACUUGGAAUGAAACAAUCUGACCACGUUAUCAGUGGUUGGUGCUGUGGAAGUGACCAGGGAAAAAUGGCCUUGCCUUUUUCCUCCCCAUUCCAAAGACACAAUGUUGUUUCAAAGUCUGUUGAAUUACAAUUUACAGUGCCAACUAUUCUAGUUAGGCUACAGAAGAUAGCUAAAGUCACUGUUUGCUACCACAGGGGUUAAAGAUGUGCUACCAAAGACGACUGAACCAGAGUUCAAUACCAAAUAUUCAUGUUUUGAACAUCCUAAAGACAACUGAACCAUGGAGUUCAAUACCAAAUAUUAAUGUUUUGAACAUCCCAAAGAUGACUGGUCAACCUUUCAGUAACAAACAUCCGAACCACCAAAGACGACUGGACUAUAAUGUGUAGCCAACACAGAGGGUCAAUCAUGGUUUCCCAAGACAUUUCUUGUAUUUCUCUUCAUAUUUGAUUCAGGAGCUAAUGUUGCUGCCUAUUCACUCAAUACAGAAAGCUGCUGUAACAUAGUUAUUACAAUAUCUUCAGCUUGACUCAUUGGAAAAUAUUUAACAAGAAAUUGAGAAAUUAUAUAAUGGAUUUUUAUUAAUCGUUAUCGUUAACACAAUUAUUUAUUCAACUUGAUGGUAUGACAGCUGUUUUAGACCAAUGGUAUUGCCUUAAUUGAAUACAUACACUGAGUGUACAAAACAUUAGGAACACCUUCCUAAUAUUGAGUUGCACUCCCCUUUGCCCUCAGAACAGCCUCAAUUCAUCGGGUCAUGGACUUCACACGGUAUCAA